UUUUUUUUAUUUUAAUGAGUUUAAUUUUUGUUUUAUUUUUAUUUAUAUCGUGGAAGGAGAUUGUAUUGACUGACCCGGCUAAUCCUGCCCAAAGGAAGCCUAAAUGGAGAACCGUUUUUAGCAACAAAACUUGCUCAUCCGAAAACUUUCCAUGCCCCGAUAUUUUGAAUUUGUUAAAGAAAAUAAAUAAAUGUAAUGGGUAAGUUAAUGAAGUUUGGAUUAAUAAGUAUAGAUAGGUUUCUGAUA